AUGUCAAAAGAGUUAUCAAAGAUAUACAAUGGACAAUUACCUUCAAAAGAAAGAUUCAAAGAGUUGAUACAAAGAGUAGAAAAAGAAUAUGAUUUACUUUGGGAUGAAAAUCAAGAUUCAACGACAAUACCAACAACAUCAACAAUUGCAGUAUCAUCAUCAUCAACUACAACGACUCCUUCUUCAAAUAUUUCUUCUUCCUCGACUCCAUUAAAAGAGAGAGAUCCAUUAUCAUCAACAUUGAUUAAUAAUACAUCUACAAAGAAUACGAUUAUAUUGUCAAGUGAAAGUUUAGGAGCUAGAGUAGGAAAAUUAACAAAGAUUAAAGGUAGAUCAUCAUCGUCGUCUUCAUCAUCGUCAUCAUCAUCGAAAUCAAAAACAAUCAAUGGAACAGUAAGCAAAAGAGACGGAUCACAUAAAUGGUUAAAGAUUAGAGACUAUGACGGACAUCGUGAUGGUAUAUGGGAGGUUUCAACUAGUCUUUGGGACAUUCUUUCAUUUGCCACUUGUUCGACAGAUAGAACUGCGAGAAUAUGGUCGGUUGACGGAUCAAAGAUUCCGUAUGUCUAUAUUGGACACACGGGCGCAGUGAAUAGCGUUCGAUUCCAUCCAACUGAACGACUACUUUGUACAGCAUCUGGCGACAGAACUUGUCACAUUUUAAAAUUCCCAACAGAACGAUCAAAUGCUUCUGGUGCUAGAUCACCUCUUCCACCGCCUCUACAAAUACCUUCUCAUUCAAUGAACAAUAUGAUCGGAGGUAGUACUGGUAUGGGUAUGGGUAUGCCUCCACCACCUUCUACUUCACCUGCUGGAGCACCUCAUCAACAACCACAAUCACCAGUUCAAGCACGACGAGAUAGAAGUAAAUUGUGGACACCACUUUUAGGUAAUCCUGUGGAUCAAGAUCUCAUUCAAAUGAGACCCAUCGAUCCAAUUGAUCAAACUGAUGUAAUAUAUAAUUAUAAUAAUAAUAAUAAUAAUAAUGAUCAACCCAUCAACUCUUCAUCGCGUCACAAAUACAGUGACCAGAGUGAUAGUGAUGAAGAUGAUGAAGAUGAAACAGAUGAAAUCAUCUUUAAUAGGUAUGAUGGAUAUGAUAAUUAUCCAAUCAUGAAUCAACAAAUAUCAACUUCUCCUCAUUCACCUGAAAUUGAAAACUUUGAAAGACAUCAAAUUCAACAACAACAACAAAUUCAAAGUCAACAACAACAACAACAACAACAACAACAACAACAACAACAACAACAACAACAACAACAACAAUUAAAUAUUCAACAACAACAACAACAAUAUCAACAAAAACAACAAGAACAAUUAAAUAUUCAAAAACAACAACAAGAACAAUUAAAAUUUAAACAAGAAAAAGAAAAUGAUCAAUCCUAUGUAGUAAUUAGACAGCCAUCAUUGGAAUUAAAAGGACAUAAUGGACCUGUUGUAGGAGCAGCAUGGUUACCAUCAAAUAUGAUUGUAACGGCUAGUUGGGACAAUACAGUAAGAUGGUGGUCUACCGAGAGUGGAAAAUAUCUAUCACAAGCCACCAAUGUCUGUAUGGACAAGGUUCACAAACUCACAAAUAUUACUUCACUGGGAACUACCAAUAAUGCACUUACAUCUAGUACAGAUGGUAUCAUUAGAAUUUGGGAUUAUAGAAGUUCUACCAAUUCUUCAAUUGAUUCAAUUCAUGGUCAUUCAGAUGGAAUAAAUACAGCAGCAUAUACAUAUGAUUCAAAUUUUAUAGUUAGUGGAGGAGAUGAUAGAACAGUUAAAGUAUGGGAUAUUAGACAAACUAAAGCAUGUCAAGCAUCUAUACGUUGUCCAUUAUCAAUCAAUAGACUGUCGAUAAGUCAAUCUUCAUCGAUUGCCAUACCACAAGAUGAUGGUCGUAUUUCAGUGUAUGACAUUUAUGGCAACAGAAAAGGAAAGAUGAGAGAUCAAUACAAAUAUGGGCACAAAUUAAUGGCAACUAGUACUGCAUGGUCAAAUGAUGAUAGUGUCAUUUUUUCGGCUAGUUUUGAUAGACGUGUCAUUUCUUGGGCUUAUAAUAAACAUCAUGAUGAUAAAUAG